UUACAUAAUAUCAUAUUAUAAUAAUUAUAACAUCAUACAAUUCAUAUUAUCAGAAGUUACUGCACUGAGAAAUAUUUUAUUCUUAUCUCGCAGUGUUAUUGAACGAAGUAGAUGUAAAAGACUCUAAGCACGGGAGCUUAUUAUCGUUUUUGUUAGACUCAAUACUAUUUUAUUAGUAUUCUAUUUGACUUUUUGCCAUGCAGCAAAUAUACUUUAUAUAAUUCCGUUUACGGCGAAAUCACACUAUAUAUCAAUGCGAACUAUAGGCUUGGAAUUAUCUCGUAGAGGACAUAAUGUUACAGUUAUAACUGCAUAUAAAGAGAAUGAACAUCCGCCAAACUAUCACCAGAUAAAAGUACAGGCAACAUCAGUGUGGGACAGUCUUGGUUUCGAAAGACCUAACGUCUUUUCUAUGGCCGAUUUGUCUGAUGAAGUAUUCCAUCAAAAUUUUUUAUGGCCUGGUGGAUUAGCUAUAACUGAAAUGGCGUUAGCAUCACCUGCUGUUCAGGAACUUUUAAGAAGUGAUGCAAAAUUUGAUUUAGUUAUCAGCGAACAGUUUUUUCAAGAAGCAUUCUAUGUAUUAGCUCAUAAAUACGAAGCUCCUUUAGCUCUCGUAACUUCUUUUGGAAACUGUAUGAAGCACAAUUUUUUUAUUAGAAAUCCAUUGCAAUGGUCUACUGUAACUUACGAAUUGUUAAUGUUGGAUAAUCCAAAAAGUUUCUUUGGUCGAUUAAGAAACAUGUAUUUUUCAUUGUAUGAAUUAUUUUGGUGGAAAUACUGGUAUUUAAGUAAACAGGAAGAGUUGAUGAGAAAAUAUAUACCUGCAUUACCACAGCCAAUACCUAACUUGGUUGAUAUACAAAAGAAUGCUUCAUUGAUGCUGGUGAAUAGACAUUUUAGCGUUGAUUCAUCCAUAGCAUAUUUGCCUAAUGUUGUUGAAAUUGGUGGAGUCCACAUAACAAAAACUAACACAACCCUUCCAAAGGACCUUCAAACAAUUUUAGAUGAAGCAAAGCAUGGUGUUGUUUACGUGAAUUUUGGAUCAAAUGUUAGAAGUUCUGAAUUACCCGAUGAAAAGAAGCAAGCGUUUUUAAACGUAUUUAGAAGACUUCGACAAACAGUGAUAUGGAAAUGGGAGGAUGAUGAAUUGAAAGGCAAAUCAGACAACGUAAUCACUCGUCAAUGGUUUCCGCAGAAAGACAUUCUUAAUCAUCCAAAUAUAAAAGUGUUUAUUUCACACGGUGGACUUAUUGGAACCCAAGAAGCAAUAUACGGAGGAGUUCCCAUCAUUGGAAUUCCAAUCUACGGAGAUCAGCUAAAUAAUCUAUUUUCCAUAGAAGAACUGGGAAUUGGUCGUAUACUUCGUUACCAUGAUAUUAACGAGGAAAAUCUUUUUGAAUUACUUAGUGAAUUUGUUAAUACUGAUGCAUAUAAAAAGAAAGCUGAGGAAGUUUCUAGGAGAUAUCUGGAUAGGCCUAUGUCUGCUUUGGACACUGCUGUAUUUUGGUUAGAGUAUGUUAUUCGAAAUAAUGGCGCACCUUACAUGAAGAGUCCAGCUCUUGAACUUAAUUGGUGGGCUUAUACUAUGCUAGAUGUGUACAUAUUCUUGGCUGUUACACUCACAUUAACUAUGUUCGUUAUAAUUAAGAUAUUAAUAUUUGUUAAAAUGAUUCUGAUGACACAGAAAUCGAAUAUUAAAAGUAAAAAGUCAUAAAUAUUUUGUAAUGUAAUUAAAAUGAUUUAAUUUGGAAAAUUGUGCAAUUCAUAAUUCAUCUAUUUUGAUUCAGACUGCGAUACAUCAACCGAAAUAUUUGCCUGAUUAAUUUAUCCUCGUCCUUAUCCUAUUUAGCCCCCAGAAGAUUCAAGUUUCCGUUUACCACGAAAAAAACCCAUUUGUGUCAUCGCUCUUCGACAGCACCUCCCUUGAAGCCUAGUAUCCGGAACCUGAAGAAACUGGAUCUCAAAAUCUCGAGCGAUUGCCAAUUUCGCAAUCAUCUGGAGGGCAAAGCUAAAUUGGCUUUAUAGAAGCUGGGCGUCAUAAAUAGACCACGGCAAUACUUCAAGCCGGCCCACAUUCUAGCGCUCUACAAAGCCCAUGUCCGGCCACAUAUGGAGUAUUGCUGUAAUAUCUGGUCAGUGGCACCCCAGUAUCAGCUCGAUCCAUUUAACUGCGUGCAAUGCAGCGCUGCUGAAAUUGUCUGGGAUGGCCCACUGGGUUCUGUGAAGGGCUCGAUCACCUGGCAUUGCGUAUAGACGUUGCUUCAUUGUGUGUCUUCUACCGCAUCUAUCACGGCGAGUGUUCCGAAGAGCUGUUUGACCGAAUUCCACCUUCGUGCGAUACGCCACAAAUUAAAAUAUCAUCCCCACACUCUGGAUGUAUGGCGUUCCUGUGCAGUUUUCAAGGAACUUUCUUCCACGUACGUUCCUAGUGCGGUGUUUCCGGGUCGAUAGAAUAUGGCUCCCUUCAAAAAAGGGCGUACACCUUCAUUAAAGGCCGGCAAAGCCCUUUUCUACAUAUUUGGUAUUUAUAUAUUAUCAAAAUUAAAUGAAGAGUUGACCUUUGGAAAAAAUAA